AUGGCACAGAUGUUGAAGAAAGUCAUGGACGAUGCUCGAGGUGAGGUUAAACAAGUACAAGAUCAGAUGGAACAGGAAAAAGCAUUUUCUCAAAAGCAGAUCAAAGAGCUUGAGAGCCACUUCAUAAGCGUGAAUAAAGCGCAAGCAUCCGAAAUCAAAAUGCUGCAAGAUGAGCUUGAUAACAAGCAGAUUAGUGGUCAAGGUCAGCGGCCGCCAACGCGCAACAGCAGGUUCAGGAACUCGAUCAAUCAAUGA